GGCAUGGGGGGCCUGCGGCUGCUGGCGGUGGCCCUCACGUGCUGCUGGUGGCCGCAGGGCAGCCAGGGCAAGACCCUGCGGGGCCAUUUCAGCAGCGCUGCGGCCCGAGACGCUCAGGGGCAGAGCAUCGGUCACUUCGAGUUCCACGGUGACCACGCCCUCCUGUGUGUCAGAAUCAACAACAUAGCCGCGGCAGUUGGCAAAGAGGCUAAGCUCCACCUGUUUCAAGCUCAGGAAUGGCUUAAGUUGCAGGAAGGCCCCCACGGGUAUAGUUGUAGUGAGAAAUUAUCCAAGGCUCAGUUGACAAUGACUAUGAAUCAGACUGAACACAAUCUGACAAUAUCACAGAUUCCGCAUCCAGAGACAUGGCACGUGUUCUAUGCAGACAAGUACACAUGCAAGGAGGACUCGGCACAUUCUCAGGCGGAAGAUAUCCAGUUUGAAAUGAUGUUGUUAAAUCCAGAUGCCGAAGGGAAUCCGUUUGAUCAUUUUGGUGCUGGCGAGUCUGGACUGCAUGAGUUCUUCUUCCUCCUCGUUCUGCUGUACUUCGUGAUUGCUUGCAUUUAUGCCCAGUCACUGUGGCAGGCCAUUAAGAAGGGCGGACCCAUGCACACGAUUUUAAAGGUUCUGACAACGGCCUUGCUGUUACAAGCUGGUUCAGCUUUAGCUAAUUACAUUCAUUUCUCCAGAUAUUCCAAAGAUGGAAUAGGGCUACCUUUCAUGGGAAGUUUGGCGGAAUUUUUUGACAUUGCUUCGCAAAUUCAGAUGCUAUACCUACUUCUGAGUCUGUGCAUGGGAUGGACAAUAGUCCGAAUGAAGAAGUCACAGAGCAGACCUCUCCAGUGGGAUUCCACUCCUGCAUCCACAGGCAUCGCCGUGUUCAUUGUCAUAACACAGAGUAUUUUGCUACUUUGGGAACAGUUUGAAGACCCCGGUCACCACAGUCACCAUUCCCAUCACAACUUGGCAGGGCUUCUCCUGAUCCUUCUGAGAAUCUGCCUGGCAUUGUCGUUAGGCUGCGGACUGUACCAGAUCAUCACUGUGGAGAGAAGUACCCUGAAACGGGAGUUCUACACCACGUUUGCCAAAGGCUGUAUCUUGUGGUUUUUAUGCCAUCCAGGCCUUGCUUGCAUUUCCAUCUUUUUCAGUGACUACCAAAGAGAUAAGGUUAUCACAAUAGGUGUUAUCCUCUGCCAGUCAGUCUCCAUGGUUAUUCUGUAUAGACUCUUCCUGUCCCAUAGUCUGUACUGGGAGGUUUCCUCGCUCUCCUCGGUGACAUUGCCACUAACCGUAUCCUCGGGACACAAAAGUCGGCCUCAUUUCUGAGACUUGAUCUUAUUCACAAAGGAGAAGUGAAUUGGUUUAAUGGAGUGCAAUAUGGAUCCAAAUACAGUGACUUUCUUUUUCAUACAUUUGGUAUGAAAAAUGGAACAAAGAAAGAAAGUAGAGCAUGUUAUUUUUAUGACUGCAUUUAAGCAGUACCCCAAAUCAGAGAAGAUAAUAAAGGAAAUAUUUUGAAAUAGACUCAAACAAUAAGCUUUUAAGAAAGGUUAUUGUUCUAAGAGGACUUGAAACAGUUUCCCUGUGGAAAUCAAGGUGAAAA